UGUCACUCGUGUCCUACUACAGCAACAAUGAAGGUUCAGGUCUGCAUAGUCUUGGUAGUGGUGCUGGCGGCGGCGCUGGUGGUGGAAGCCGGCCCGGCCAAGAAUCGCAACGGAUCUUGGCACGACUUCCUCCGUGAAGCCACCUCUGAAGUGUGCGGGGAUGACAAGUGCUACUCCGGGAAUCGGAAGUGCUACAACUUGAGGAAGCCCCUGAACCUCACGGAGGAAAUAGUUGAGGAGGUCAGAACCAACCUGACUGAGUGUGCCAGCGACUUGGACUUCAGCGCGCUCGAACUGGGCGACAUCGGACCGAAGGGGGACGAACAACAAGCGUAUGUCGAUUUCAUGACCAAGUUUAAAGUGGGCGACAUAACCAAGCAGUACGCCCUCCUACGGUGUUUCACGGAACGCAGCGGAUAUCUCCCAACCCUGCUGUCCUGUCUGCGAGAAGCUCAAGCUAACGCAGAAAAUGAGGCUGAAUAAACAUCCCAUCCAUGUGAAAGAUGCAAGAUUGACCGUAACAACAAAAAGGAUUACGAAUUGGUAUCGAUACUCUCUCUCUCUCUCUCUCUCUCUCUCUCUCUCUCUCUCUCUCUCUCUCUCUCUCUCUCUCUCUCUCUCUCUCUCUCUCUCAUUCCUUAUCUACAUCAUUUAUCUACUCAUCAGUGUAUCGCUACCUACCUAACAACCUGUCCGCCUUAUCAACUACCAAACUAGCUGUACCUUCACGAUUCCCUUCUCUCUCGCACCCUUCCCUGCAGUCCUUCAAACACUAUGUAACUUAUCAGUGUUAAUAUCACGAUAUCUAAUUAGUUAAACUGCUGAGGAUUUACAAUAUAAUGAAUGAAUGAAGAGCUGUGCAGAUUAAAGAAGAGGAAAAGCAAAAAGAUCAAAGAUGAGAGAAAGAAGAACAAAGAACAACAACAACAACAACAACAACAACAACAACAACAACAACAACAACAACAACAACAAUAACAACACAAAACCGGAGAAAAAGAAAACGAUAACAUUUCGCCAUCAACUUAACACCUAUUUCCUAACUUCUUAUAUCUUCUGCUUGUAACUUUUUUCCGCAAAUAAACCAGGAAUGUUUAAAAAAAA